UUGGCUCUUUGUUUCAUUUAAAAUUGUCUUUGAACAGUUCAACAAUAAUUUCAUCUGUUAUUAAGAUUAAUAAAAAAUCGAUUCAAUGUUAUCGUUUGCUAAUGGUCGUUUCAUAGUCUUUGUAUACGCCAUUCUUGAAUCCAUAAGUCGCUUGAUUCCCUACCCAGUUAAAAAUUUAAUUAAAAAAUCUUUUGGUUUAUUAAGUGAUAAUGAAAGUGAUGAAGAGAUUAUUAAAUCCCUCCAAGUCCUGGAAAAUAUUGAAUUAGGGCUGAUAAUAGCCCGUCGAGGGUACGGUCAAGAUGAAACAUCAUAUGUCCAACCAAAUUUCCAUUUUAAAAAUAAUCUUAUUCGUUUUGUUUCAAUUCUUAAUUUCAUAAGGUUUUGUCUAAUCCUGAUUUACAAACAAAAUAAUAGUUUGAGUAUAUUGCUUGCCAAUCCAUUCUUCCAUGAAAAUAGCAGUGACAUUAUGAUAUACUAUAUCAUUGGCGGAGGUAUUACACUGUUUAUCUUACGCGAAUACGUUUUGUACCUUGAAGAGCAUGGAGCUUACACAAUACUCUGUCCUUUUCGAGACAUAAAGGUUUCAGGAUUUGACAAGAAUAUGCUUCAGUUGACAACCAAACAGUGUAAAUCGUUCCGCUCUACUUUCCAUAUUUUAAUCACGGUAUGGAUCAGAUGGAUUUAUUGUACAUUUAUUUGUAUGCCUUUUGUUUUAAUCAGUUUGCGUCUUCAAAACCAAGCAAUAGUCAAUAGCGGCCCAGCAAUGUAUAUUUCAUCUUUUUGUUGGAUAAUUUUAGAAUCUUGUGCUUUUAUAUUCAUAUUUGGUGGUUUGUUGACUCUAGGAGCUCACAUAACUAUCUUUGUUCCACUGUGCUUAUGCCAAUUGAAAAGUUUAAUUGAAUUGUUGCAAAGAGUCAAGAGUAAACAAUUUAUCGAUGACUCUUAUAUUAAAGGCAUGAAUACAGAUGUGAUCCGUUAUUUGAACUAUUUUGAUUGCUUUAUCGCUAAAUUGCGUUACAUUUAUUUUUUUCUUUUCAUAAUUAUCUCAUUUGGAGCUGAUACUGCGAUCUUCUUGGGACUAUUCACUAAGCGUCAUUCGAAUUGGGUAUCAAAUAUGCUUGUAAUUUGGGGUCUGAUUAUACUAUUUAUAACGGGAAGUGUUGUUUAUGUUGGUGGAGCGCUUUGGAUCAGAUAUGGCAUGAAUCUUGUAAGAUGCAAGUAUUGAACUUAAAUUUUUCUGUAUUUCUUUCUGUUUUCAUUCUUAUUCCUCAGCUUUAUCUGAUUCAUGGUCUAUAUGUAUCAACCAUAGCCAAAGUCGAAGUGAAACUUUAUCAAAAACUUAAGAUUCUAGAAAUACUCGAUCGCAUUCUUGGACCUUAUUGUGGAGCUAAAAUUGGUGAUGCAUUCACUGCUGAAAAACUUCUUGCUGUUUAUGUGGGUAAUCAAGUAACCUGAACGCAUUAAUUUAAAUUGUUCUUUAACCACCAAUCUCUAUUUUCAUCUGCAGUACGUUCUGGAAAAUGCAAGCACGAUUAUGUUGCUGAUUUGUAAUUUGCAGUUCAUUUCGUCGCAAUAAUCCAUCAUAACUCAACUUUACAAACAAAUCAUGCUGCUAUAGUCAACGCUUUGAUGUUCAGUAAAUUAAACGAAUUAUCUGACAAUUAGCAUUACUAUUAGCUAAGACAUAAUAUAAAAGCAUUUUAGCGUAGGAAACA